ACAGGAACGCUCUUGACAAGCCUUCUUCCAGGGGCGCAUUUUCAGAAAAUGAGCCAAGAGAUGGGUUUUUUUGGUUGACAGACUAGACUGACGGGGAUUUUCAAGCCUAGAGGAUGUGGAGAUAGAAGAAACAAACCUUAGUGUCUAAGACGAGUCAGGAGUUUGGAAGGUGGCGCUUCCUUGAGGACCUCUAAGGACCGACGUCAAACCAUCAAAUAGUGGAAGUGGACUUGUAGGGUUUGGAUGGAUCAACUCAGCAGUACCAAAACCCCUUGUGGAGAAGUUUAAAGUUUUGUAAGAGAUUUGUAUCAAACAUCGUAGGCAGUAUGACGAAAAGACCAGCAUCCCUGUUGGGAAUCAAUCUAGUUUUAUUGGCUCUGGUCAUUCUUGGGACUAAAGUGGACUCGGCACCCACGGAUUUAGAUUUUGGGUCUCCAUCAGCCCUUUCUGCUCCAGUCGUCCCCCUCCGGUCUUCAGCGUGGAGCCUGAGCGCUCGCCCCAAAGACCGGCUCCUGAACGCCAGAAAAGCUGGACUCGGAUCAGCAGAGACGCCUCAUAAGACGGCGGGGAGGACUGUCCAGGAUGCGUUCAGGGCCGCCGGGAGACGCCGAGUCCUCAGAGACGCUGGAAAUCCAGAUAAACUGUCCAAGAUGCUGCAGAUGAUCUCGGCUCUGAAGGAAGCGCAGAGAACUUUAAACAGCACCCUGAGCUCCCACAUCACCUUCAUGCCCAACGCAAACAGCAGAAGCCCAGGAAGAAAAAUGAAAGACAAAGUGCUCCCCGCAGCAGAGGGCGGGGUCAAGCCGACCACGGCGACCCUAUCGGCAGCUUCCAGCACCCCGUCCAGAGCCAGUGCAGACAUCUCCAGUAUGAGCGGCAGGAACUUCAGGAAGUCUCCACAAGCCAAGAAGACCAACAAAAGAGUGUGUUUUUGGAAGUACUGCUCCCAGAACUGAGUUCUCCCGCCGCCAUCCCGACGUCUCCUUCCACCCAGAGCUCCACCCACUCAUCUUUGUGGGGUUUUGACUUUUUGCUCAUUGAUGCUCACAGCAAACACAACUGACUGACUGGCACCGUCCCGUCUUAUAUCUUUGACCUCCCAGUGCUUGGAAAGUGUUGCCAUGACGACAUAUGUCCAAGCCCGCCGGGCGGCAGCUUUGAUUUAAAUCCUGACAUCAUUAACGACACUCACCGAUCAAAGGCAACGAUGUGCGCUUGAGGCGCAUGAAGAGACGCCCCAAAUUAACCCUCCAUCAGAAGACAAACACAGUGUACUGUGUGUGUUUAAUUGUGUGUGUGUUUGUGUGUGUGUGUGUGUGUGUGUGUGCAAGCUUUAAAUAAAGAUCACCUCUAACAUUGCAAAUACCUGCAGUGGCUAUGAAAGA